AUGACGUUGAGCCGGGAGAAGGAUGUUCUCGCCAGCGUGUGCACGGUCGCUUCUGCAGUCGAGCGCCUCGAGGCAGCAUGCUCGCGCUUCAAGGCCCUCGGCGAGAGCUCGGCAGUCGGCGCGCCGGCAGACACCGCCGACCUCCAGUGCAGCCUCGCCCGUGGCCGAGACCAGCUCUCGGCGCUCGAGAGCACGCUGCGCGCGCUGCACAGCAGCCGUCAGGUGGUCGCCGUCGCGCCCACGCCGGCCGAGCUGCAGCCGCCGUGCGUCGACGUCACGUACUCCGACGGCGGGCGCCGUCUCUCCGCCGCGGGCGGCGACGCCUCCGGACGCUCUGGCGGUGCCACGGCCUCGGAGGCGGCUCUCCGGCUGGCGAUCCACCGCGAGCGGGCGGCGGCGGCGGUGGCGCUCGCGCGCUGCACGCCGGGCAGCUCGGUGCCGCCGGCGAUCGGGCUCUGCCAGUCCGCCAUCUCGGCACUCCAGUUCCGGGACCACGAGACGGCGGUCAGCACGCUCUCCGCCGCGAUCGGCCUUUUGUGCUCGGGCGCGCCGCCGCCGGCGUGA